AUGUUCCAAGCUACCAGUCAAUAUUUGUACUUACUUUCUGUUGAGGCCUCUGCAUUCCAUGAUAUAUUUGACCAAGAGCAGAUCCGUCCCUCAAUGAGUGACCAGCAAUCUAUUCUGGAUCGACUGGAUCGAAUUGAAGCUGCCUUGGGAAUUGAUCGAGACGUUCUAGAGGACUGUGUUAUUUCUUCAGUCUCCCCAGAAAAAAAAGACCAGUCUAUACCCGUACAAAAGGCUAUGGAAGCCAUUGCUCAUCUAAGAUGUAUUACUCGACCAGCACAGAAUGAGGCCAUCUGGUCUCGACCGAACAUUAAGUGUCUUUGGACUUCAUUUCUCAAUAAUCUACCACUACUUCAUUUUUUGAAAGACCGAGAUGCUUUCAGUUCCCCAACACCAUUGUUACUCGCUUCUGUUCUUUACAUUGCCGCUCUCAAUCACCCAUCUUCCGAGAUGGGAUCCCUUGAAUCGGGCUACUUUAUGGCGACUUGCUGUGCAAUAGCUGAGCUGGCAUCAUCGGGCUUGAAUCCAGGUCUUACUCCCAGGAACAAACAAGAAUCACUAGAUACCAAGACACGGAGAGCAUUUUGCAAUAUCCUUGGUUUGAUCAUGGCAAGUCUAAGCUCCGAGGCUUAUGUUGACACGACCGGCUUAUGGAUCGCAAUGGGCUACCGACUCUGGUUGGACCACUGUCCCUCUGAUCUGGACGAUUCAACGCUAGACUGGCGUGGAUUAUUUUCUGGUCUCCAAGUCAUAGAUAUCGAACAUGCGUCAAUCCACAUGUCCUACCCUCUCAUUCCUCGCCAGCCACCAAUACCUGGCAUCCAGCGUCUAGACAGCUACCAAGGAAACGCAUUUCAAGGCCUGGCCGAAAUGAUGCACUAUGGUCUAAGCCACUUUGUCGGAAGAGGCUUACCGACAAUAUGGUGUGCAAUAAAUGCAGAUGUCUCUGACUGUAUUACAGCCGUUCAAAGUCCGUUUACAGAGCAGGAUUCUGAAGUCAUUCGACUCUGGGCUCGAAAGCUCGAUGACUGGCUUGUUCGGUACAAUGGCGCGUCUCAACCAUCUCCGUCAGAUCGACAGGGUAUUUUGAUCUUGUUACAAUAUCACUUACACAAACUUUAUGUGUUGUCCAUCUACCACCCUGCCCGGGGAUUUGAUAUCAGCUCAGCAAACAUCACUCCCGUCGAGAGACAUGAGCUACUUGUGUCCGCUAGGGCAGUAUUAAGACUACGUCAAGACGACGCCAGCAUUUGGUCCAACUGGGAUCUGAUAAUGAUUACAUGGGCUGCGAUUUUGCUUCUUCGUGGGGUGGAGGAUGGCAUGACACACCAAGACGACCUACACCUCAUUCAAUCACACCUUCAAAGUCUUGAACGAAGUUCUCAAUCUACGGUCAGCAUACACACCGUUCUAUCACAGCGCCUAGAAUUCAGUAUGCAGGCCAUGCAUACCCCGCCGGAUACAAGCUCUGCAUUGGCAUUCCCGGGCCCUAGUGCCGAUGAUUCAUGGACGAUCUUCGAUCAUGAAAUCAUGUCACUAGCAAACCCGCCAUGGCUAUACCAGGACUCUGCUGCGUUCUCACAGGCCCAGAAGUCUCUAAGUCAGGUACCCGUCGGGCUCUCUGUCCCCUAUGACUCGGGUUUAUUAGAAAGUGGUAACCAAACCUUUGAAGCAAGCACUUGGAGUGUUGCCGAGUAG